GCCUGGCUGGUCUCGGCAGCGCCGUCCGGCUGUGCGCGGGGACGCUGGCGAGGGCGCGGUGCCGCCUUGGUGCCUCCGGGGCGCGGUGCCGGCGCUGGCGCUGCCGGAAGCGGCAGACCAAAAAGAAAUGAAUGUCAGAGAGGAUUUGUUUAAUCAUUUAACAGCUGACACAAGCCAUGUUGCUAACAAAGCACUGGUGGAGGAGUAGAAGAUUUCUGGGAUACAGCAGCUCUGGUACUAUGAAGCCGCUUCAGCAGGUCAGGGACAGCGUUUGCCGAAGGAUGUGGUAGACCAGGAGCCAGAGCUCAGCGAGACAAGGUCGAUGGCUUGCAUGGAGCUUCUCUACCUGGCCGAGGAGAGCAGGCAGGCACCCCUGGGCACUGCUACUGGCUGGAGCCUGCCCUCCCCGCCCCAUCAGCAGCAGCAGCAGCAGCAGCAGCAUGAAGGGAGUGAGGUGAACCCCAGAGCAGCCGCUGCCGUGCCAGCUCUGUGCAGUGAAAGGUUUUGCAAGUCCUUGCAAAGGGACCCUGUGACUGAACUUCCCCAGGCACCUCAGCCCUCCCAACGGGGUACCUUACUCCAGGAGCACUCUACACCCUCUGGCAACUCCCGGCCUUGCCACUUGCCCGAGGCUGAGGACAGAGGAAAGAAGAAAGCUUGCUGCUGUGCCCAAGAACUUGAGACAUCAUUCACCUACAUGGAUGAAAAUGUAAACCUGGAGUACUCAAGAAGUGCCCCCAGUCCUGCGGGUGGCCACUGCCAGGAUGUCCCUCUGCAGCAGCAUUCCUGCAGGGAGCUGCCACCUGAGUGGGUGCAUCGUUCUCCUUCCCUGGUCUCUGAGGAGGAUGAUGCUGCCUCAGAGGUGGUGGCUGGGAAAUCUGUGGACUAUGGGUUCAUUAGUGCCAUUUUGUUCCUUGUUUGUGGCAUUUUGCUGGUGAUCAUUUCCUAUGUGGUACCCAGAGAUGUGACUGUAGAUCCCAACACUGUGGCUGCUCGGGAGAUGGAGAGGCUGGAGAAUGAGAGUGCCAGGAUUGGGGCUCACUUGGACCGUUGCGUUAUCGCUGGUCUGUGUCUCUUAACCCUGGGGGGAGUGGUGCUCUCCAGCUUGCUGAUGAUGUCCAUGUGGAAAGGAGAGCUGUACCGGAGGAGCAGGUUUGCCUCAUCAAAAGAGUCUGCAAAGCUUUAUGGGUCUUUCAAUUUCAGAAUGAAGUCUGGAGCAAAUGAGAAUAUGCUUGAGCUGUCGUUAGUAGAGGAAGAUGUGCUUGCCAUAGAUAAUUAGUGUAGUCAUGAUUUUUAAGGCAGUGUUUCUGCAGGAAAAUGUGUUUCAUUAAAACAAACAGAUGUGGCUAAAGAUAGCUGGUUUAUUUGUGUGACAAUAUUGUUUUUUUCUUAAGCUCUAUAAUGGAGUAUUUGCGGUAUAUGAGCACUUGUUGUAAAAGGAAAAUGUGCCAGAGAAAAUGCCACUGAUACAAAGUAAUGAAAAGCACUGAAUAAAAAUGGAUUUGUGAUAAGUAGGUUCCUCAGAUACUCAUUUGUUCUAAUAUAAAACAUUCAAUUGGUGUCUUGCCUGUAUAAUUUUCUUAUUACUCCCAUAUAGAACGGAUCACCUUGACACUUUGGAAGCUGUUAAUUAUUGCAGCCUGCAGGAUUAUUAACAGACUGCUUGGUAGACUAUUUUAAGGAGCAGGACCAAUAAUCAAAUAGCAGGUCUAAUAUUGAUCGAGAUGCUUUUUUAUCCUUUAGGUUGAUACCUUCUGUUGAGCUAAGGGGAAAAAGAGCACCACUUGGUCAUGACUUGUCACAAACCUCCCAUAUUUUCAAACAAAUUGUACAAUUAGCGUUGAUUAUUUAAAAUAUAAAAUAAGAAGCAAAGGGCAGGGAGCCAUAUGGCUUAUAGUAUUGAGUUGGAGACAAAAGACUCUUUCAGCUUGAGGUCAGUGGCUCCGUUUCAGUUCAGAUUAGCAAUGAUUGAUAGUCAUUAACUUCUGAUAGCUAUAGUGACCUAUAUAAAAGAAGUUUAGUUCCUGCUGAACAGUUGUCUUUGUAUAGAAGCUGCUAUAACUUGAAUUAACUGACCUCUUAUUUGGAGCCUCAAAAGACCCAAAGAGUGAAAAAGCGUGGAGAUGCUGAGACUGAACACUUUUCCUUCAGUACUGAUGCCAGCAGAAAGUCAAGCUCAGCUGUAGGUCUCU